GACGUAGACCUAGGUUAGGAGCUCAGUUGUUCGAUCCCGGUGUUAUCGGCACUUUCUUCGCCCCCUUCCUUCACCUCACCGCGGUCAUAAUUUUUUUCCAUACUCGUUCUCUUGGAAAACAAAACAAAAAACUGAAUAUUACAGACCUUUAAAUGACUGUUUCCAGUUGACGGUGUGACGUGCUGUGAAGUGUGGUUGAACUGUUCCAGAGGCCACUUCUCACAGCUAGCCUGCAUGACUGCCUGGUAAACAUAUGGACGCUCAGGGCUACAAGUGGGUCAGAUGGCGGGUGUGGUUGUGUCGUUUUGUGGCGUUGCUGUCCUUUGGUUUUCUUCUGAUUCUAUUUCGAUGGUUCCCGCGCCUGUCUCUACUGGCACGCUGCCGCCCCUGCCCUCUGGCGGUCGCGGACUUCGUGCUAAUACGGGAUACUUUUGGCCAGCAGCAUAUUGUGAAAGUACUCACAGAGGAGAUGGAGGCGGGCAGUUUGGGAUUCUUGGGAGAUUCUGAGGAUACAGAAUGGAGAGACACAGUUCAACUCUACAAAGAGAAGAAAACACUCCUGCGCUACUAUCUGUUGGAAGGACUACGCUACAUAUGGCUGGACACAAGGGCAUCUUUCUGUCGUGUUAGUGUUUUAAAUGAGGAUUGGACCUGCAAGGACCUCCAUGGCUUCAAAAAGGGUUUGAGUCAAUCUGAGCAGAUUCUGAGGAGACAAGUGUAUGGUCCCAACCUGAUUGACGUGCCGGUAAAGUCUUUCUACAAACUACUGACCGAUGAGGUCCUCAAUCCGUUCUAUAUAUUCCAAAUAUUCAGUAUCAUCCUGUGGUUGUUUGAUGAAUAUUACUUCUACGCAGCGUGCAUAUUGUUAGUCUCCAUGCUCUCCAUCGGCAUCUCGCUUUAUGAGAUCCGCAAGCAAAGAGCCACUCUCCACAACAUGGCCCGCUUGGUAACAAAUGUCACAGUGCUAAGAAGCUCAGGAGUGCAAGAGAAUAUCAGUUCAGAUGAGCUGGUGCCCGGAGACUGCAUAUAUUUACCCAAGGAUGGUCUGCUGCUCCCUUGUGAUGCUGCUCUGCUGGUCGGGGAGUGUCUUGUCAAUGAAGGCAUGUUGACAGGUGAGAGCGUCCCGGUGCUGAAAACCCCCCUGCCGGUUUCCGAGAGGAGAUAUAUCUCAGACGCUGAGCGCAAGCAUGCACUGUUCUGUGGAACACAGGUCAUACGGGCCAAAGGUGGGGGGUCCACUGGUGCUGGUGGCGUCGCCAUUGUUACAGGCACUGGCUUUUUUACUGCUAAAGGUAGCUUGGUCAGCUCCAUUCUAUACCCUCAGCCUACCAACUUCCGCUUCUACCAGGAUGCCACCAAGUUCCUGAUCAUGUUGGGCAUUUUGGCUUUGUUCGGGACCAUUUACAGCUUUGUUGUCUUCUCAUGGUUUGAUAUGUACUGGAUCGAGGUGGUGAUACGGGCUUUGGAUUUAGUCACUGUCGUGGUGCCUCCAGCUCUGCCCGCUGCCAUCACCACUGGCACAAUUUACGCCCAGCACAGGCUCAAGAAGCAUGGUAUUUUCUGUAUUAGUCCGCCACGUAUCAACAUCAGUGGCAAAGUGUCGCUCUUCUGCUUUGAUAAGACAGGAACUCUGACAGAGGAGGGACUGGAUGUGUGGGGCGUGAUGGAGGGCGGACCUACCGGUUUCGCAGACGUGGUCUCCGAUCCCAGGCUUCUCCCGCCAGGGUCCCUGCUCUCGGGCCUGGCCUGCUGUCACACUGUGACACUGCUGCAAGGGCAGCCUGUUGGAGACCCUCUGGAGAUUAAAAUGAUAAAUUCCACUGGUUGGUCACUACAAGAGCCAGGAGAGGACAUCGGGGUGUUGGAUGCAGAGUUUGGAGGUCACAGAGUUUUAGCUGUCAUGAGACCUCCUGGAAGGCCGCUUCCUUUUCAAGCAACUCCUGCAAGCGAGCCGGUGGCAAUAGUGCAGAGGUAUCCCUUCUCCUCAGCCCUGCAGAGGAUGAGUGUGGUUACAGUAGCCAGCGGUGGGUGCUCGGUUGUGGCUUUCAUGAAAGGAUCCCCAGAGAUGGUGGCCAGCCUCUGCCAACAAGACACAGUGCCACCACAGUUCUCAAGCAAACUACGCAGCUUUUCAAGUGAAGGCCUCAGAGUUCUUGCUCUUGCCUAUAAACCAAUGGAUAAAAGUGCUGAUCUGAGCACCAUUGAACGAGGCGAGGUAGAGCAAGACAUGCUCUUCUUGGGUCUUCUAAUGAUGAAGAACUUGGUGAAACCGGAGAGCAGCAAGGUCAUCGACAUGCUCAGAAUGGCGAGGCUCCGUACUGUCAUGGUCACAGGCGACAACAUUCUAACAGCAGUCAAUGUGGCCAAAAGCUGCGGCAUGGUGAGGUCUGAUGAGGGGGUCAUGUUUGUUGAAGCCACCGCCCAGACAGCUCAGGCCACGGCCACCCUGAGGUUCUACCUGGAGGACGGGGAGGGAUCAGUGGUCACAACCCGGGAUGUCUACCAGGGAGAUUUUGGCUAUCACUUGGCUAUUAGUGGCACUUCCUUAGAUGUCGUCUGUGACCACUUCCCUGAACAUCUGUCAAAGGUUUUGAUGCGAGCCACCAUCUUUGCACGCAUGGCGCCUGACCAGAAAACACGACUGGUGAAAGAACUCCAGAUGCUAAACUACCGGGUGGGCAUGUGUGGCGACGGCGCCAAUGACUGCGGCGCCCUGAGAGCGGCUGAUGUUGGCGUUUCUCUGUCAGAAGCAGAGGCCUCCAUCGCAUCGCCUUUUACCUCCAAGACGGACAACAUCAGCUGUGUGCCGCUUCUCAUCAGAGAAGGCCGAUGCUCGCUGGUCACUUCCUUCAGUCUCUUCAGAUACAUGGCCCUCUACAGCAUCAUUCAGUUCACAUCUGUGCUCACCUUCUACACGGUGGGCACCAACCUGGCUGACAUGCAGUUCCUGUUCAUCGAUCUCAUACUGGUGACCCCGCUGGCCAUUGUGAUGGGCAAAGGAGGCCCCAAUAAGGAGCUGAACCCCCGCAGGCCCCCUGCCAAUCUACUGACCUUGCCCGUCCUUGGCAGCCUUUUUAUUCACAUUAGCAUGGUCAUACUGGGGCAGCUGGCCGCUCUCUUUCUCACCAUGUCUCAGGACUGGUAUAUUCCCCUCAAUUCCACUGUGUUCGGGGCGGCAAACCUACCCAACAUGGAAAAUACUGGAGUGUUUCCCUUGUCGGGUUUUCAGUACAUCUUCAUGGCCGUGGUGGUCACCAAAGGUUACCCUCACAAGAGCCCUCUCUACCGCAACGUCGUUUUCCUGUGUUUACUCCUCAUCCUGUUUGCCAUCAUGACAUACCUCGCGUUGGAUCCGGGGCCGUUCUUCAUCGACCUACUACAGUUCUACGACAUCUCGGACAUGAAUUUCAAGAUGCUCAUCGUCGCUCUGGCUGCACUCAACUUCCUUGUUUGUUUUGUGAUUGAGAUGCUGAUUGACGUGGGCAUCCUCAACUGUCUCCGCUGGCUGUGUCCGAGGCGCUCCAUCAAGAAACAGUACAAACGCCUCCACUCACAGCUCUGCAACCCCCAUGCACCAUUAUGGCCGCCCCUCAACCAAACACUGCACGCAUCCCAGAACACAGUCACCACCAUAAGAUAGCAUAUCUUGCUCCUUGUUAGCACAACACGCACUUUAAAUACGAUGAGCAUGAACAGUUGAUAUGUUCACACUGGGAGUUGUUGUUUUUGUUGUUGAAAGUGAAGCAACAAAAAUAACUUACCUUUCCGACCCAGUUUUCCCAUCUGGACAAAAACUACACGUUGAGGUCCAGAGCCUUCGUUGUGACACUCAGAGGAAAUUGAUCAGCAAAGUAAAUGCAAACAAAAUGGGGUGCGUUCACUGAAAGUGUAAUUUGCUACAUCGCAAAGAAAUGCUGCGCCUUAACACAGUUGACAAGCCAGCGUUUCAGGAAAUGCUGCUCCUUUAUGCAGUUGACAAGCCAGCAUUCCAGGAAAUGCUGCUCUUCAAUACAGUUGACAAGCCAGCAUUUAAGGAAAUGCUGCUCUUCAAUACAGUUGACAAGCCAGCAUUUAAGGAAAUGCUGCUCUUCAAUACAGUUGACAAGCCAGCAUUUCAGGAAACGCCGCUCUUCAAUACAGUUGACAUACCAACAUUUCAGGAAAUGCCGCUCUUCAAUACAGUUGACAAGCCAGUGUUUCAGGAAAUGCUGCUCUUUUAAUACAGUUGACAAGCCAGCAUUUCAAGAAAUGCUGCAAAUGUUUGACAGUACGAAUUGCCUGUGAAAACAAACAUCACAAAACGGCAAUUCUACAAUUGUACAGUUUACAAUCUACAACCAGUGUAGAUUCAAUUUUGUGGUACGAUAAACAAAGAACAUGCUCCUGCAUUGGUUUGAAUCCAGUCAUAUUUUUUUCAAUGUAGUCUUCUUAAAAUUGUUAAAUUAAAAAAAUAUAUAUAUAUACACACACACACACACACACACACACAUACAGUCAAGCAACAAACAGUUAUAUGUAUAAUUUAAGGGAGAAAAUGAUUGGAAAUUUAAAACAGUCAAUUAUAUUAUUAAACAGCGCGCUAGGAUUUCGACCUAUCGUCAAACAACCAACCACAUUUAAGCGAGUCAACCGAAACAGGUUUUAAAUUGGCUUAAUUGACACCAUGUAUGCCCAGCUUGUUUGUUUUUUUUCUUUUUCCUUUGGGUCAUGUUUUACAUAUUUUGUGGUGCUUUUAUGUCUUACUGCUAUUGGGAUAGUGCCGAUGCCAUAUUUUCACAGUGUAAGAUACAGUCUGAAAUAUCUACUGAAAUAUAUAUAUUUGACUUGA